CAAAAAAAGACAAAUAUUUACUUUAUUGCCUUUCAUAUUGAGAUAUUAAAAGAAGAAAACAACAAUUAUAUUACAUGAAACAGGAAAAAAAGAAAAUUAAAAGCCGUUUUACUUUAAAUGGGAUUUUUGCAUCAUUUUGAAGACGUUAAAAGCUGGAAUUGGGAUAGCUUCUUCCAACAUUACAUUUCAUCAUGCACAUGUGUGCGGAAAUGUUUCACUGCGGGUGGGGAGGUGUUUGCUUGAAUCGUGGUUGUUGGAGGUGUGGGGUGUUAAUUCAUUUUCUGUUGUUUUUGUACAUCACGCCUGACAUUAUCAUAAUUUCACUGCAACUAUUUUCAAGCAAUUUACUAUUGAACGGCUGCAAUGGGUGUUAAAGAUCCCCAAUCUACACCUGCAAAAAGUGAGGCAGAAGAUGGAGACUCCAAGAAAGCCGCAAAGAGGGCAGCAAAGAAGGCAGAGAAAGCUGCAAAGAAAGCUGAACAUAAAACACAGGAGAAGCCGGCCGGCGGUGACGCUCCCGCCGCCGACGGAGCGGCCGUCGAGACGGACGUCUCCUCGGGCCGUUACGGCCGCCAGCCGAUGAACCAGUCGGCAGAGCUGCUGGAGCGGCCGCUGCACCGCGUUCAGGAGCUGACCGCGGCGCAGGACGGCCAGCGCCUCUGGGUGCGCGGUCGGCUGCACACCAGCCGCGCCAAAGGCAAACAGUGUUUCUUCGUGGUUCGUCAGCAGCAAUUCACGGUACAGGCACUGCUGGCCGUGGGAGCGGAGACCAGCAAACAGAUGGUGAAGUUCGCCGCCAACGUGGCGCGCGAGUCCAUAAUCGACGUGGAGGGCGUGGUGCGCCGCUCGCCGCAGCCGAUCGAGUCGUGCACCCAGCAGGAGGUGGAGCUGCACGUCACCCAACUCUGGGUGGUUUCCGCCUCGGAGCCGCAGCUGCCGCUGCAGAUCGAGGAUGCGUGUCGGCCGGACACGGAGGAGCCGGAGGGUGUGCAGAUCCGCGUGAACCAGGACACGCGCCUCAACUACCGCGUGCUGGACCUGCGAACACCGACCAACAACGCCAUCUUCCGCGUGGAGGCCGGCAUCUGCCGCCUGUUCAGGGAGACACUCACUGCCCAGGGCUUUGUGGAGAUUCACACACCCAAAAUCAUCUCGGCGGCGUCCGAGGGAGGUGCCAACGUGUUCACCGUGUCCUACUUCAAGAGCAGCGCCUUCCUGGCGCAGUCGCCGCAGCUCUACAAGCAGAUGGCCAUUGCCUCCGACUUCGAGAAGGUCUUCACCGUCGGCGCCGUGUUCCGAGCGGAGGACAGCAACACACACCGCCACCUGACCGAGUUCGUCGGACUCGACCUGGAGAUGGCGUUCGCGCAUCACUACCACGAGGUGGUCGACACCAUCGGCAACCUCUUCACCGAGAUCUUCAAGGGCCUGCGCGACAAUUUCCAGACGGAGAUCGAGACCGUACGCCGCCAGUUUCCGUCGGAGCCGUUCCGGUUCCUGGAGCCGCCUCUGCGCCUCGACUUCAUCCAGGGCGUGGAGAUGCUGCGGGAGGCGGGCGUCGAGAUGGGUGACGAGGAUGACCUCUCGACGCCCAACGAGAAGCUGCUCGGCCGGCUGGUCAAGGCCAAGUACGACACCGACUUCUUCAUCAUGGACAAGUACCCGCUGGCAGUGCGGCCGUUCUACACGAUGCCCGACCCCAAGGACGGGCGCUGGAGCAACUCGUACGACAUGUUCAUGCGCGGCGAGGAGAUUCUGUCAGGCGCGCAGCGGAUUCACGACGCCGAGUUCCUCACGGAGCGGGCCAAACACCACGGCAUUGACAUCACCAAGAUUCAGGCGUACAUCGACAGCUUCAAGUACGGCUGUCCGCCUCACGCCGGCGGCGGCAUCGGCAUGGAGCGCGUCUGCAUGCUCUACCUCGGGCUGGACAACAUCCGCAAGACGUCCAUGUUCCCGCGCGACCCCAAACGGUUGACGCCCUAGGCUGAGGUUCCCAUAUCGCCCGUUGUGUGGCGCCACUGUCAACAGCGGCGCCACUCGGCUCCGGCCUAUUCCGCUGGGCACUAUAAAUACAUAUUCGGCCGCCCGUUGUUGAUUUUUUCUUUUUAAAGCGAACCAACCCGAGAUAAGUCAUGGUCGUGGUUUUAGCGAUGAAAAUUGACUCCCACUCUUCCCAAAUGCUCGUUAACAGAUCGUCGGCGGUCGCUGGUCAGUGGGCUGGGCAGGGCGGGUGGUUGGCUGCUGUGUCUGUGUGGUGAGGGAAGGAGGGGCUGUUUUAGGCCCGGGGGACGGUGUUGGAACCUUGUGUGCCGUGUGCCGCUCUCCAUCCUCGCUCGUCCGGCGGCUGCGACACUGUCCUGUGUGCCGCUCUCGACACGAGGCGCCUGCUCGGCCGGCGUCUGGUGUGUGCGUGCUGUGUUUAUCAGUCUUGUAAACAGGUCCGCUGCCCGCCGGCACCGCAGCUGGGCGUAAAAUAAACAUACGGUGGGGGAGGAGCA